GUGUCGGUCACACAGGAAAGUAGUCCCGGCUGGCGACGGGAAUAAAGUCUGUCGCUCCAGCGGAACCGGUUGCAUUUGGUCCCUGCAAAGUUCACCCGGUAGGACUUUUCCUGCAGACACAGAUCCAAUCAUGUCGAAGUCAAAGGAUUCAGGCGCUUCCCUCAUCCACACCCAGCAGCUGCAUGCUGCCAUGGCGGACACUUACAUUGAGCACAUGUGUCUGCUGGACAUUGACUCCAUACCUGCUGUGUCUCGCAACACUGGCAUCGUCUGCACAAUCGGACCUGCCUCCCGAUCUGUGGCGAUCGCCAAGGAAAUGAUCAAGUCUGGGAUGAACGUUGCAAGAAUGAACUUCUCUCAUGGCACACAUGAGUACCAUGCUGAGACCAUCAAGAAUGUCCGUGAGGCAAUUGAGAGCUUCGGGCCAGGAUCUGUCGACUACAGACCCGUGGCCAUUGCUCUGGACACCAAGGGACCGGAAAUCAGGACCGGACUUAUCAAGGGCAGUGGCACCGCUGAGGUUGAGCUGAAGAAGGGUGAAACCAUCAAACUUACACUCGACGACCACUACAUGGAGAAAUGUGAUGAAAAAGUUCUGUGGCUCGACUACAAGAACAUCACCAAGGUUUUGCAGACCGGAAGCCACGUCUACGUUGAUGAUGGCCUGAUUUCCCUCAAAGUCAAAGAAGUUGGCGCCGACUACUUGAGCUGUGAGAUUGAGAAUGGUGGUAUGCUGGGUAGCAAGAAGGGCGUCAACCUGCCCGGAGCUGCUGUUGAUCUCCCUGCUUUGUCUGAGAAGGACAUUCAGGACCUGCAUUUUGGCGUGGAGCAGGGUGUUGACAUGGUCUUCGCCUCCUUCAUCCGUAAGGGUGCUGAUGUUCACGCUGUCAGGAAAGCACUCGGUGAGAAGGGCAAGCACAUCUUGAUCAUCAGCAAGUUGGAGAACCACGAGGGUGUGCGCAGAUUUGAUGAGAUCCUGGAGGCUAGUGAUGGCAUCAUGGUUGCCCGUGGAGACCUGGGCAUUGAAAUCCCGACAGAGAAGGUCUUCAUCGCCCAGAAGAUGAUGACUGGCAAGUGCAACAGGAUCGGCAAGCCCAUCAUCUGUGCCACACAGAUGCUGGAGAGCAUGACCAAGAAACCUCGCCCUACUCGCGCUGAGGCUAGUGAUGUUGCCAACGCCGUGCUGGAUGGAAAUGACUGCAUCAUGCUCAGUGGUGAGACCGCUAAGGGAGACUACCCCCUGGAGGCCGUGCGCACACAGCACUUGAUUGCCCGUGAAGCUGAGGCAGCCAUGUUCCACAGGCAGAUCUUCGAGGAGCUGCGUCGCACCUCUCAUCUGACCCGUGACCCCACAGAGUCCGUCGCUAUCGGUACCGUGGAGGCUUCCUUCAAGUGCUGCGCCAGCGCAAUCAUCGUGCUCACCAAGACUGGCAGGUCCGCUCACAUGCUGUCAAGGUACAGGCCCCGUGCCCCGAUCAUUGCCGUGACCCGCUGUGGCCAGACUGCCCGCCAGGCUCACUUGUACCGUGGCGUCUACCCUGUGCUCUACACCAAGCCUGCCAACGACGUCUGGGCUGAGGACGUUGACCUGCGUGUGAACUUUGCCCUGGAAGUUGGCAAGCACCACAAAUUCUUCAAGUCUGGUGAUGUGGCCAUUGUUGUGACCGGCUGGCGCCCAGGCGCCGGUUACACCAACACCAUGAGAGUUGUGCUGGUGCCUUGAAAUUCAUCAAAGGACAUUAGUUAACACUCCCCCUCCCCUUUCCCGUAACCUGCCUCCCUCCCCCGUGUCAGACUUUUCUUGUCUGUCGGUCUUUGUAACCAACACAAAGUCAAAGCCAGGCCGCUCCUUCAAAGGACUUUUGAUGGUGUCGUUUGCAAACAGUAACUCCAUGAUUCCUGUCAUCCAAAUGUGCAAUUUAUUGGCUAAAUCCUGCUGCCAGAGACUGAACUCAAAUCCUUUUAGUGGAAAAUCCUCGAUCACAUGCCAACUCUGUUUACAUGGGGAAAAAAGUGGAGAUUAAUUUUUCUCUGCAUGUCCUUAAAACUAAACUAAAGUACCCUUAUUGUACUUAUUGUCCUUUCCUUAGUUUUUGGUUCUUUCAUCGCCCAGGUACUACAAACAGUUGUAGAUGUUCACGGUAAUUGUCUUCUCCGCUGUUUCAUGCAGAACUGACAGUUGGUACAGUGGUACAUCAUUGUGAAUUGAUCUGGCAUCCAUCCAUUAAAAGGAAUUCUUGGGUCAACUGUGUUUUUUCUCUUCUUGUUAAAACUGUCCAGUGGUGGAAAGUAACUCAAUACAUUUACUCAAGUACUUAGCUUAUUUACAAUUUUAGGUACCUUUACUUUACUUGAGUAUUUCCAUUUUAUGCUACUUUAUCCUUUUACUUCAUAGCAUUUCAGAGGGAAAUUACUUUUUUUACUCCACAUUGAUGUAGAUUAAGCUACCCAACAGGUUACAACAUUAAAAUGCCACUUACAUGUCAGUGCAUCAGUAAUUUCAAUACUUUAAGUACAUUUUGCUGACGGUAUGAUUUUCAAUUCAGACCUUUUACUUGUAAUGGAGUAUUUCUCCAUUGUCGUAUUCCUA